CGCGCUCGCUGCCGGAAGCGGCGGUCCGUCGGGAGCCCGGAGCCGCUCGGCAUGGCUGGGGAGAGGGGUUCCAGGCGCGAGCAGCUGAGAGUGCAGCCCGGAAAGCGUCGUCCGGAGCCCGAGCCAGAGCGCGAACUGGAGCCGGAGCCCGAAAAGCCGUCCCUUCUGUGCAACCCUGCUCCCAACCACAAUGAUGGCAGCGAUUCCGGCCUUUCUGACAGUGAGGAGAGUGUAUUCUCAGGUCUGGAAGAUUCUGGCACUGACAGUAGUGAGGACACGGAGGAGGAAGAUAGAAGCAGCUGUUGCAAAGGCGAGGGCAGCAAGGAGGAGACCUCUGAGGAGCAGGCACAGUCUCACACCACUUGCCUGACGACAGAGAUGGCUGGAGUGUCAUGCAGGGACGAGUAUGCAGAAGACAGCUCUGAUGAAGAGGACAUCCGGAACACAGUGGGCAAUGUGCCUCUCGAGUGGUACGAGGACUUCCCGCAUGUGGGCUAUGACCUGGAUGGCAGGCGCAUCUACAAGCCCCUGCGGACCCGGGAUGAGCUGGACCAGUUUCUGGAUAAGAUGGACGAUCCUGACUUCUGGCGCACGGUGAAGGACAGGAUGACAGGGCAUGACCUGCGGCUGACGGAUGAGCAGGUGGCCCUGGUGCAGCGGCUACAGCGAGGCCAGUUUGGGGAUGUGAGCUUCAACCCUUAUGAGCCGGCUGUGGACUUCUUCAGCGGGGACAUCAUGAUCCACCCAGUGACCAACCGCCCUGCCGACAAACGCAGCUUCAUCCCGUCCCUGGUGGAGAGAGAGAAGGUGUCUCGCAUGGUGCAUGCCAUCAAGAUGGGCUGGAUCCAGCCUCGCCGGCCCCGAGACCCUACCCCCAGAUUCUACGACUUGUGGGCACAAGAGGACCCCAAUGCUGUGCUGGGGCGCCACAAGAUGCAUGUGCCUGCCCCCAAGCUGGCCCUGCCUGGCCACGCCGAGUCCUACAACCCCCCUCCUGAGUACCUGCCCACUGAGGAGGAGCGCUUGGCCUGGGCACAGCAGGAGCCUGGAGAGAGGAAGCUCAAUUUCCUGCCACGGAAGUUCCCCAGCCUACGGGCCGUCCCUGCAUAUGGCCGAUUUAUCCAGGAGCGCUUUGAGCGCUGUCUUGAUCUGUACCUGUGCCCACGUCAGCGGAAGAUGAGGGUGAAUGUGGACCCCGAAGACCUCAUCCCCAGACUGCCACGACCAAGGGACCUGCAGCCUUUCCCCACGUGCCAGGCCCUGGUCUACCAGGGCCACAGUGACCUUGUCCGCUGCCUCAGUGUCUCCCCAGGGGGCCAGUGGCUGGUUUCAGGCUCAGAUGAUGGCUCGCUGCGGCUCUGGGAGGUAGCCACUGCCCGCUGCAUGGGGACUGUGCCUGUGGGGGCUGUGGUGAGGAGUGUUGCCUGGAACCCCAACCCCAGCAUCUGCCUGGUGGCUGCGGCCAUGGAUGAUGCAGUACUGCUGCUGAACCCAGCCUUGGGGGACCGGCUGCUGGCAAGCAGCACCGACCAGCUGCUGAGCUCCUUCACCCCGCCAGAGGAGCCUGCCCUGCAGCCUGCGCGCUGGGUGGAGGCCCUGGAGGAGGAGCACCCAAGGGGCCUGCGGCUGCGCAUCUGUCACGAUAAGCCAGUGACGCAGGUGACCUGGCAUGGGCGUGGGGACUACCUGGCCGUGGUGCUGGCCACCCCAGGCCAUACCCAGGUGCUGAUUCACCAGCUGAGCCGACGUCGCAGCCAGAGCCCAUUCCGCCGUAGCCACGGGCAGGUGCAGCGCGUGGCCUUCCACCCCACUCGGCCUUUCCUGUUUGUGGCUUCUCAGCGCAGUGUCCGCGUCUACCACCUGUUGCGCCAGGAGCUCACCAAAAAGCUGAUGCCCAACUGCAAGUGGGUGUCCAGCCUGGCUGUGCACCCUGCAGGUGACAACAUCAUCUGUGGCAGCUAUGACAGUAAGCUGGUGUGGUUCGACCUGGACCUCUCCACCAAGCCGUACAAAGUGCUGAGGCACCACAGGAAAGCUCUGCGGGCCGUGGCCUUCCAUCCGCGAUACCCACUCUUUGCGUCCGGCUCGGACGACGGCAGCAUCAUCGUCUGCCAUGGCAUGGUGUACAAUGAUCUGCUGCAGAACCCACUCCUCGUGCCCGUCAAGGUGCUGAAGGGGCAUGUGCUGACGCGGGACCUGGGUGUGCUGGAUGUGGCCUUCCACCCCACGCAGCCGUGGGUCUUCUCCUCAGGGGCAGACGGCACGGUCCGCCUCUUCACCUAGGCUGCUGCCCUGCUGCGGGGUGGGGGCCAGUGCCCAGCGUCUUCUCAAUAGAGGCUUCCCCCUCCUUCCCACCAGU